AUUACGGAAGUAUCCCGCUCCCGCCCUACAUAACUUUGUGUCUUCAGUGCGCAGGGGACACCUUCUGCUGUCACCAGGAUGACUGUGAAGGCAAGUGGUUUUCCACUCUGAGACCACUCGAUCAAAGUCCGCUUUCCUUUGUUUUCCUCUCAGAACAAAGAGUUUGAGUUUCAAAAAAAAAUUUUAAGGCAAACACUGUCUUUGUCUAUUUGCUUUGAGAAGUAAUUUGCCAGAGUGGCUGCUCUGUCCCUACAAGAGUACCAUGGCCAAGCGAGUGGCAGUGAUUGGAGCCGGUGUGAGUGGCCUGUCCUCCAUCAAGUGCUGCUUGGAUGAGGACCUGGAGCCCACCUGCUUUGAGAGAACUAACGACAUCGGGGGACUCUGGAAGUUCACUGAAACUUCUAAAGAUAGGAUGACCAGGGUCUACAGGUCAUUAGUGACGAAUGUCUGCAAAGAAAUGUCAUGUUAUAGCAACUUCCCCUUCCAAGAAGAUUAUCCCAAUUUCAUGAACCAAGGAAAAUUUUGGGCCUAUCUCCAAGAAUUUGCUGAGCACUUUGACCUUCUGAGAUACAUUCGGUUUAGGACCACAGUGCGCAGUGUAACAAAGCGUCCAGACUUCUCCGAAACUGGCCAGUGGGAUGUUGUCACAGAGACAGAGGGGAAGCAGGAACAAGCUGUCUUUGAUGCUGUCAUGGUUUGCACCGGACAUUACCCGAAUCCCCGUUUACCCUUGGAGUCCUUUCCUGGUAUUCAUAAAUUUAAAGGCCAGAUCCUGCACAGCCAGGAGUAUAAGAGCCCAGAAGGCUUUCAAGGCAAACGCGUGUUAGUGAUUGGUCUUGGGAACACUGCAGGAGACGUGGCCGUGGAGCUGAGUCGGACGGCAGCGCAGGUACUUCUCAGUACCAGGACUGGUGCCUGGGUUCUCCACCGCUCUUCAGAUGGGGGCUACCCAUUUAAUAUGGUGAUUACAAGAAGAUGCCUUAAUUUUAUCACACAAGUUCUGCCCUCGCGUGUACUAAACUGGAUUCAACAGAGGCAACUGAAUAAAAGAUUUAACCAUGAGAAUUAUGGAUUAAGUAUUACAAAGGGGAAAAUACCAAAAUUCAUUGUGAAUGACGAACUGCCGACCUGUAUCCUUUGUGGGACAGUCACCAUGAAAACCGGCGUGAAGGAGUUUACAGAAACCUCUGCUCUCUUUGAAGACGGAACCGUGGAAGAAAACAUCGAUAUUAUGAUCUUCGCGACAGGAUACACAUUUUCUUUUCCCUUUCUCGAAGAACCUCUUAAAAGCCUCAGUACAAAGAAGAUAUUCCUAUAUAAGCAGGUCUUUCCUUCAAACCUAGAGAGAGCAACGCUAGCUCUCAUUGGCUUCAUCAGCCUUAAAGGAUCCAUCUUGGCGGGCACGGAGCUCCAAGCACGCUGGGCCACGAGAGUAUUCAAAGGACUCUGUCGGAUACCUCCAUCCCAGAAGUUGAUGGCCGAGGCUACUAAAAAGGAGCAGCUCAUAGAAAGGGGUGUGAUGAAAGACACCAGUGAAGACAAACUUGAGUUCAUUCAGUACCUGGAUGACCUUGCUGCAUGCAUAGGCGCCAAGCCCAGUGUCCCUCUUCUGUUCCUCAAGGAUCCCAGACUAGCCUGGGAAGUUUUCUUUGGACCGUGCACUCCUUACCAAUACCGCCUCGUGGGCCCUGGAAAAUGGGAUGGAGCCAGAAAUGCCAUCCUGACCCAGUGGGACAGGACACUGAAACCCUUAAAAACUCGAAUUGUUCCUGAUUCCACCAAGCCUGCCUCCAUGUCACAUUAUUUAAAAGUUUGGGGGGCACCUCUCCUCCUUGCCUCUCUUGUACUCAUCUGUAAACCUUCACUUUGUUUGAAACCAGUACGAGAUCAUCUACAGCACAGAAUUUCCCCUUACCUAAUGCGUAUUUGGUGAGGACGAAUCUCAGUCAUCACGGGAGUCGUGCCCAGCCGCAUUAAUUCUAUCUCCAGUUCUCUGUGCCUCCUCCUCUCCUCUCUGUCUUACCUGCUCUCAUCCAAGCUCAGGUCCGGUCAUUUCUUACCUGAAUUACUGUACUGUCUUUCUCUCUAGUCUCAGUGCCUCCUUUUCCUAUCCAUAUUCUACUCUGCUACCUAAGCAACUAUGCUAAAAUAAAAAUAGCGUCACUAUUGCCAUCAAGAUCUCGGUAGGAAUAAGACGAAACUCAAAUUAGGUAAUUUGUGGACAUUUUGACACGGAGAUUAUUACAAAUGGUUUGGGCAGAGGGUAGGGAAAUCAUAGGGAUGAUAAAAUACUCCCAGCUAGUAACUGAGAUAUUUUUACCAUUCCUGGGCCUAAUGAGGCAAGAGGAGAAAACAAUUAUGAAUGAGAAAGAGAGAGAGUGGAGAGGGCCACCUCUCAAGGGUUACGAUCUUCAGCUGACAGAUGAAGGCAGUUUGUGGUGACCCCAAAAGUACAGAGCUUGGGAAUAAAUUCUCUAACUUUAUUUCCUUCUGUCCCUCUCAUCCCCGGCCCAUGCUCCCCAAUGGCCUAACCCAACCAAAACGGAAAGGGCAAGGUUGCCAACUGUUGUAGAUUGAAUUGUCUCCCUCAAAAACAUACACUCAAGUCCUAACCUGUGGUACCUUACCUUAUUCGGAAAUAGGAUCUUUGUAAAUGUCAUUAAUUUAAGAUGAGCUCAUGCUGCAGCAGGGCGAGCUAGAUCCCGUAUGACUGGUGUCUUAUAAAAGGAGAAGACGACACACAGACAGAGACGUAGUAGAAAAUGCCAAGUGAAGACAGGCAGAGGUUGGAGCGACGCACCCGCAAGGCUCCCCCAGACGGUCGCUAGGGAAGUGGCAUGAACGGAUUCUCCCGCAGAAACUCCACAGGGAACCAACCCUGCUGACACCCGGAUUCCAGACUUCCAGCCUCCAAAACUGGGAACGAAUAACCCACUUGGUUUGUGACACUUUCUCACGGCAAUCCUAGGGAACUGACAGACGGACCGAUGCUGUCCAUGGCGGUCAGCCUCCAACAGUGCAGACAGACAGCAAAGACCGUGGCAGGACAGACAAAAAGGAUCCUGUGCAGACACGUGGCUUUCCAGUUUAAAAUCCUUGGAAGUGUCUCCUUCAUCAGAGAUAGUGGUCCAAAUUCCUUAGCCUGGAAAAGGAACCCUUCGUGAUCUGGGCCCAUUUGCCUAAUGGCCGGAAUCCUGGCCCGCAGCUUCCCAGCCCCACUCCACCCCUCCCCGCCAAGACCACCAGCCUCUGAACCGCACCGCACCUCCUCACUUCAGCGCGAGACAUUGCCUCCGCUGGGAAUCGAACUCCCGCUGCCUUUCGAGAGAGGGCUUGAUGAUCUCCGGUGAAGCCUUCCCUGGAUCCUCAGAGCAGGGCUGACCCCCACUUUGUAAGGACGUCACCCCAUGCCCUGCCUUGUCAUUGCCCUUUCCUCACUGUCGCCUACACAGCUGACCCUCGAAUGUCACAGGUUUGCAGGGACUGGGUCUACUCAAGCAUGGACUUCUUUCCUCGAUAAAUACAGUAGAGCCCAUAA